AUGGGGUCGGACUGGGAGAUCAGGCAAGUGGAGGAACCUGGAUUUCUUGCCUGUUACGUCGGCGUUAAAUCUCCGUCGACCACGAGCGAGACCACGAGCGAGACCACCUCUGCCCCGAGCGCCCCCUUCUUCCUCACCGGCGACGCCCCCUCUGGCCCCGCCCGUGGAAGAGCGCCGGCCACGUCUGCCUCGAUCGCCCCGUUCCUCCUGACCGGCGUAGCGCCCUCUGCCCCCGCCCCGAGCACCCCACCUGUGGAAGAACGCGGCCACCUCUGCCCCGAGCGCCCCCUUCUUCCUCACCGCGACGCCCCCUCUGGCACUUCCCGUGGAAGAGCGUGGGCCACGUCUGCCUCAAUCGCCCCGUUCUUCCUGACCGGCGAAGCGCCCUCUGCCCCGAGCGCCCCCUUCUUCCUCACCGGCGACGCCCCCUCUGGCCCCGCCCGUGAAAGAGCGCGGGCCACGUCUGCCUCGAUCGCCCCGUUCUUCCUGACCGUCGAAGCGCCCUCUGCCCCGCCCCAAGCACCCCACCUGUGGAAGAACGCGGCCACCUCUGCCCCGAGCGCCCCCUUCUUCCUCACCGCGACGCCCCCUCUGGCACUUCCCGUGGAAGAGCGCGGGCUACGUCUGCCUCAGCCCCAGCCCGGAGCGCGCCCAGACCACGUCGCAAGUCUCCGACGUCUUGAUCCUCCAGGUUUUGGGUUUUUGGAUUUCCUUCUCGUUACAGACCAACAGGAGAACAUGAACACGUAUAGGGUUGUUCGUCAAAGUUGGAUUCUUUAUCCUCUGUUGUUGUUGAUGAUGGGCAUUAGCGUGCUCGUCUUGGUGAUUCUCACGAGUCAGAUAGUUGAGCACACGAUGGAAGAUGCCAAUGAAGAAACACUCGAAGCAUUAGUCUCGCAAAUCAAAGAUCACUCCAACUUCUUGCUCCAGGCAAACACAUUCACGUACGAAGCAGCCAAGGCUCUUAGCUGGGAGGAGAACUUGUCUUCCUUCUUCACUUCAGGGAGCAAGAUAGUUCCACAACUGUACGUGCCAUUUCUGAUGGAGCAAUGGGUCGCACAGAUAUCUUAUAUCGAGCCACGGGGAAUUCUUUUCUCUUAUUAUCGUGAUGGAAAUCAAAGUUACAAUUUGUUCACUAACGUAUCAAAUACUUCUGAUGAUUUCUUUGCCUAUUCGUGGUGCACUCAAGCAUUAGAUGGAGAAACUGGUAAACCAUAUGGGAAGAUUGUCUGUUUUCAACCAGGUCAGUCGAAUGACUCCAAAGAUGCAUCGAAUGGUAGGAAAGGAGAGGCUUCAUGGGGAGUUGGGUGGGGAAAUGCCAAGGAGCAAAUGCUACUUUUUACAGCUCCAGUUGCUAAGAGUGGGAUUCUGUCACUGGGAGUUCCUCUAAGAAGUUUGAGAGAUUCUAUUUCAAGGAUCAAUCUUCAAGGUGGAUGCUUUCACUUGGCUGUAGAAGGGCAUAUCAUUGCACAAAACGGGCCUCCUCAUACUCAUUUUGUUUACAAUAAUAGCAUGAUGUCAGUUCUUGUGAUGGAUGAGAACGAUACCAAUGUAUUAAAAGAGUACGAUAGCUUUGCAUGUCAUGAUAAUACUUCCAUCCGGCCAUCAAACACAAAUUACUUGUGGAUUUCGGGUAAGAGAUAUCAGCUUGAUUGCUUUCUGCUAAAUGUUUCUGGAGUCCAACUGGUAUAUACAGUAACUCUUCCUGACAAAGAAGUUGUACCAUUAUUCCAGAAAACAAAGAUUGCUAUCGUUUUAUUGGUGUUGUUUAUGAUUCUUGGGACAAUUCUUGGGAGCUACGUGAUGCUACAAUUGCUUCAAAGAGCACAAUUACAUGAGACUUUUUUGCGAGCUGAUCUCAUCAAGCAAAAAGGGAUCAUACAGCAAGCAGAAAGAAAAAGUAUGAACAAGAGUUUAGCAUUUGCUAGUGCUAGCCACGAUAUACGUACGUCUCUUGCGGGAAUCACUGGUCUGAUAGAAAUAUGCCGUAGUGAUACUCCUCAAAAUUCUGAAUUAUCUCGAAAUUUGGAGCAAAUGAAUGGCUGUGUAUCAAAACUUCUCGGUAUUCUAAAUUCUGUACUUGAUAUAAGUAAAAUCGAAGCAGGAAAAAUGCAACUAGAAGAAAUUGAAUUUGAUAUUGCACAAGUUCUUGAAGAAUCGGUCGAUAUUUUUCAUGUUGUAGCCCUUAAAAAGGGUUUGGAGGUUAUUUGGGAUCCUUGUGAUUGCUCUAUUCUUUUAUCUAGCAACAUCAAAGGGGAUUGCAGACGACUUAAGCAAAUCAUCGAUAAUUUAUUGGGCAAUGCUGUGAAGUUUACAUCCGAUGGACAUGUUGUCUUGCGUGCAUGGGCUAAAAAGCCAAGCUUAGAAAAUCUCAUAUGUUCUUCUCAGAAUUUUUGCAACUCAAGGAAUGCAUUUAAUCCUCUAUUAAGAUGGAUAUCUAAAGAUAAAAGAGAUCAAAGUCUCAUUCAAAAUGAUAAUAGCCUCAUCGAAAUUGUCAUUGAGGUAGAUGAUACAGGUAUGGGGAUCCCUAAGGAGAAAAGAGCUUCUGUGUUUGAGAAUUAUGUGCAAGUUAAAGAAUCAUCUAACAGAGAUUACGAAGGCACUGGUUUGGGACUUGGGAUAGUUCAAUCUUAUGUGCGUCUUAUGGGUGGCGAAAUCAAAAUUCAAGAUAAAGAUCCAAGUGAAAGGGGAACUUGUUUUAGAUUUAAUAUAUUUCUAAAAUCAAGUGACUUAGAAGACCAAGAAAAAGAUGAAAAAUCUAGUAUAUUGUGCAUCGAGUCAAGUACUCAGAUUAUACAAUCAAAUGCUCGAACUUUGGCAUUCAGAAGAGGUCUAUCAAUAGAAGGGAUUCAUUCGCUACUUAUGGUCGAAGGUGAUGAAACAAAAAGAAUAAUGCAAAGAUGGAUGCAAAACUUAAGAGUAAAAGUAUGGACAAUUAAUCAUCCGGAGCUUCUUUAUCCUACACUUGAGAAGAUCAAGGAUAAUUUUAAUAUUUCAGGUAAAUUUGAUACAAAGUCACUUGUCAAUUUCUUGAAUACGACGACAUCUUAUGAGUCAAGCAAGGAGAAAGAAGAUAUUGAGAUGGAUAAUGUUCUACCUUCAACCAAUAAGGAAUUUAAGAAUGACUCUGGAGGUCUCGGUAUUUAUUGGUUAAUUGUCGUUGAAUUAAUUCAUGCAAAUUUUUCGGAGAUAGUAUCGGCCUUAAAGAAUUUCACGGACAAGGUUCCUAGAAGUCAUUAUAAAAUUGUUUGGUUGCUUAAUUCGAAUGCUCCCGGUGAAGAUUUGAGAAGAUCUAAAGAAGUACCAUGUGAUCUUAUACUACAAAAGCCAAUUCAUGGAUCUCGUUUAUACUUGCUUUUGAGAUUUCUGCAAAACUUUGGAAGAGAAAAUGAAGAUCUUAUUCUCGAUGAAAGGCAGCAAUAUGGUGAAUCAAAUUCUUUUAUGGAAAGUGAUAAAUUUGUAGUGAAUUCUUCGAUUCUUCGAUCCAAUCAACAUGCUAAUCAAAUAUUUGGAUCCAAGGACAGUUUGAAAGAUGAAAAACCACUAAAAGGUAUGAAUAUUUUGCUUGUUGAGGAUGUAUCUACCUUACGUCAUGUGGCUACAACCAUGCUUGCUCGUCUCGGUGCAACCAUCAAGUCUUCUGAGAAUGGAUUGGAUGCCUUAAACUUGAUUCGUGAUGCUUUAAAGGAAUUGAGUCAUGCACAUGAAAGGGAUACUGAAAUGGGAGAGUCAAAGCGCUUUUAUUAUGAUAUCAUUAUUAUGGAUUGCGAGAUGCCAAUUAUGAACGGUUAUGAGGCAACAAGACAAAUACGUCAAGAGGAAAGAAAUUAUGAUCUUCAUAUCCCAAUCAUCGCACUUACCGCUCAUGCUACAUCUGAGGAGGAAAAUAAGUCAAUAUUGUCGGGGAUGGACUUUCAUUUGACGAAACCAAUACAAGCUAGAGAGUUAAUACAUGCUAUCACCACAAUUUGUCAGUGA